GCCCGAGGCAGGAUCAAAGAAGACCAUAGCCGACCACUGUUCAGCGUCAAACAUCGUGAUUGGUGCUUCGAGAUGUCUUUUAGGAAGAGAAAUGUCGGUGUUGCGCAGCCUGGAGAUCAAGCUGCUGGUAGGGUCAAAAGUGAGGGGAUUCAGCAGCCUGGUCUUCGGCCUUCCCCUGUGGACGGGAGGUUGACGACUUCAACUGGAACGAGAUCCCUCGAUGCUUUACUAGCUGGUCAUGCUGGGUUAGCUUUGGGGACUUCUUUGCUUGUAGAAGAAAGUGGUACCACUGAUUUCGGAGGUGCUCUACUUCGCUAUUAUGCCGCCGAAGGUGUAGUUCAAGGACACAAUGUCCACGUUCUUGGUAUCGGCGAGGCGUGGGGCAGAGAUCUUCCUGGAUUGUCUGGUGGUGAGAGUGCAACAAAUAAAGAAGAGAGAAAGAAUCCAGAAGAGAGGAUGAAAAUUGCCUGGAGAUAUGAACGACUAGGUGAAUUUGGGGGCUCGAGAGACAGAAGUAUAUCACAAUCAUCAGGGGCAUCAUCUAGCUCACAGACACAGUCGAUAUUCUGUCAUGACUUUGAUCUCAGCAAGCGUCUUAUCCUGCCUUCCUCAGCAAAGAUGCACUUCGUUCCUACAUCACUCCGGCCAAGUCUCGACUUUACAGAUGCCGAAGCAGCAUCAGCUCCUUUCAUUAGAUUUUUGACCCAUCUCUCAACACAGCUGUCAUCAUCUCCGAGCUCAAUCCACCGGGUUAUCAUCCCGACUCUCCUCUCCCCAGCAUUGUAUUCAUCCGAUGCUUCCAAACCUGAGAACGUCUUACAAUUUCUCCAUGCCCUUCGAGCACUGCUCCGGAAGUAUCCAGCACAGCUCACAGCAAUGAUCACACUGCCUUUGACCUUGUACCCACGAACAACGGGUCUAACUCGCUGGAUGGAGUUGCUCAGUGACGGCGUACUGGAACUUGCCCCAUUUCCCUCCACGGCUAUAGCAGUGAAGGCUGCUCCUGGAGCAUCGACUGUGCACGAGGAACCUCCACAAGGCAUGCUGAAAAUCCAUCGCUUGCCAGUGUUCCACGAGAAGGGAGGAGGCGGAGGGGAGUCGAGUGGAUUUGGUGACGACUUGGCUUUCACGCUCAGUAGAAGGAAAGGACUUGUCAUAAAACCCUUCAGUCUGCCCCCUGUUGAGGGAGAUUCGGAGGCCCAGCAAGGAGCAUUGGAAGGAGAUCACGGGAAGGCUACAAAAGCCGACAUCGAUUUCUGAGGUUGGGAUUCAUGCAUAGCACGGUGUUGGGAGUUCAAAAUCAGCUUUCAUUAGAAUCAAUCGAGCCUCGAGGGCUGUCACCGAGCAUAUCGGUCAUUUCAAACUGGUUCCAUGUGCCUUGUCCGCUUGAAGUGACGGACCUCAUAUAGUUCCGAUCAAAAAUGGCUUGACGGG